AUGUAAUAAUAGUUAACAAUUGAGAAACAUGAAGAAUUCAUCAAAAAGACCCUUUAUUAAUAGAAACUCCCAUGCAAAAUGGAUUCUUUGAAGGCAUUAAUUUUAUAUUGUUGUGUUACAACUCUUAAAUUAUUGAAAUCAGAAUACUAAUGUGAACCAAUAGUAGAAUUCUUGAAACAUUUAGAAGUGUAACCACAUUAAUAUAGAGCUUCAACAUUUGAUGAUUCAGAACCAUCAAUAGUUAAUUCAUAUUGUGCAAUAUCUGUAUUGAAGUAGAUUAAACAAAAAAUUGAGGUUAAUAAAGAAUCAGCUUUGAAUUAUGUUCGAUCACUUAUUUAAGAGGAUGGAAAUAUUCGUUCAUCUGUUAGUUCUAAUGAUGCAGAUUUAAGAAUGGUCUAUAGUGCUUUGGCAUAUUUAGAUUUGUUAGAAAUAGAUACAAGUGAAUUUUAGUAAACUGUAGGAAAAUUCAUACUAACAUGUUAGAAUUAAGAUGGAGCAUUUGGAUUGAGACCAAAUUUGGAAUCUCAUUGUGGUGCAUCCUAUUGUGCAGUUUCUAGUUUGAUUAUAUUAAAAUUAGAAAUACCUAAUAAAAGUAGUUUGAUAGAAUGGUUAGUUAUGAGAUAAUGUAAGAUGACUGGUGGUAUGGCUGGUAGAAUUAAUAAGAUUCCUGAUUCUUGUUAUUCAUUUUGGAUAGGAUGGAAUUUAAGAUUGUUAGGUCUUGAUUUAUUAGAUAAGGAAAGAUUGAUGGAAUUCUUGUAACAUUGUUAAUCUAAUUAUGGUGGAUUUAGUAAAUAUCCAUAAAGUAUGCCUGAUCCAAUUCAUACUUUACAUUCAUUAUUAGGAAUAUUGGAGAAUGAAGAUUAUGAUUAUGUACAUGCCAUAUUAUUGAACUGA